CCUGCCAAGACAACCGCCAAGCCCACUCCUGCCAAGACAACCAAGAAGCCCACUCCUGCCAAGACCACACUGCCGCCACCCCCACCUCCUCCUCAACCUACUCCCUCUACCAAUUUGACUGUGGGAAAUUACAGCCUGCAGGGAGACAAAAAGGAGAUUUGCCUGAAGGCUCAGAUGGCUCUACAGAUCCGACUGAUGACACCAAAGGCCAAUGGAACCUUCAUUGUUCAACCAAACCUUACCAAAGCAGAUGGAGGCUGUAAGGAAACCACGGCCAACCUUACCCUUGUCUUUAAAGAGGGCUUCAUCACCUUCAUGUUCAACAAGAGUAUUGCCAAUAAUACUGUCUACGUCGAUGCUCUUUCCUUCUCCCUCUCCUACCCUUUAAGCAAAGACCGCAAUCUUGCAUACACUGCCAGCAACAAGUCAAUGCAUCUCUUUACUGCAAGGAUCGGACACUCCUACUCCUGCAAGAGUGAAUCCCUCUACAUGGGAGACGGACUGUACCUGGAUGUCAACCAAGACCGGAUGCAGGCCUUCAAUAUAAGCAAGAGCAACGAUUUUGGCCUUCGUAAGUGUCUUUAUGAAGCAGAGCCAGGGAGAACUCUGCUAAUUACAAAUACGUACAGUUGUCAAUUAAUUGCAAUGUCAAAUCCAUUGAUAUAAGUAAAAAGUCCUCCU